AUGGCCUCGGAGACGGUGAAAGUGGUGGUUCGCUGUCGGCCCAUGAACCAACGGGAGAAAGAGCUGAACUGCCAGUCCGUGGUGACAGUGGACUGCGCCCGCGGCCAGUGUUUCAUCCAGAACCCGGGCGCCGCGGACGAGCCGCCCAAGCAGUUCACCUUCGACGGCGCCUAUUACCUGGAACACUACACCGAGCAGAUCUACAACGAGAUCGCCUAUCCCCUGGUGGAGGGUGUCACUGAGGGCUACAACGGCACUAUCUUUGCCUACGGCCAGACAGGCAGUGGGAAGUCUUUUACUAUGCAAGGCCUGCCAGACCCUUCCACCCAGAGAGGCAUCAUCCCCAGAGCGUUUGAACAUAUCUUUGAGAGUGUCCAGUGUGCGGAGAACACCAAAUUCUUGGUCCGGGCUUCCUAUCUAGAGAUCUAUAAUGAGGAUAUUCGAGACCUGCUGGGAGCUGACACCAAGCAAAAGCUGGAGCUGAAGGAGCACCCGGAGAAAGGCGUAUAUGUGAAGGGGCUGUCCAUGCACACGGUCCACAGCGUGGCCCACUGUGAGCGCAUCAUGGAGAUGGGCUGGAAGAACCGCUCGGUGGGCUACACCCUCAUGAACAAGGACUCCUCGCGCUCCCACUCCAUCUUCACCAUCAGCAUCGAGAUCUAUGCUGUGGAUGAGCAAGGCAAAGACCACCUUCGGGCCGGGAAGUUGAACCUAGUCGACCUGGCCGGCAGCGAGCGGCAGUCGAAAACGGGAGCGACAGGAGAGAGGCUCAAGGAGGCCACAAAAAUUAACCUCUCGCUAUCGGCUUUGGGCAACGUCAUCUCGGCCCUGGUGGACGGCCGCUGCAAACAUAUCCCCUACCGCGACUCGAAGCUGACCCGGCUGCUGCAGGACUCCUUGGGGGGCAACACCAAGACCCUCAUGGUGGCCUGCCUGUCCCCUGCCGACAAUAACUACGACGAGACCCUCAGCACCCUGCGGUAUGCCAACCGAGCCAAGAACAUCAAGAACAAGCCUUGCAUCAACGAGGAUCCCAAGGACGCCCUCCUGAGAGAGUACCAGGAGGAGAUCAAGAAACUGAAGGCCAUCCUGGCUCAAACAGUGACCUCAAACCGCCUGACAGCCUUGUUGUCGAACCAGCUAUUUGAUAAAGUUGAGCAGACCGAGGAGAAGCUGCCACCCCCACCACCUCCUCAGCCAGAUACUGAAGCAGAGAAGCAAUUGAUUCGGGAGGAGUAUGAGGAGAGGCUGGCCCGGCUAAAAGCUGAUUACAAAGCAGAGCAGGAGUCCAGAGCCAAGCUGGAAGAGGACAUGACCGCCAUGCGCAAUUCAUAUGAUGUGAAACUCUCUACCUUGGAAGAGAACCUCAGGAAGGAGGCCGAGGCUGCCCUGAAGGCUGAGGCCCUGUCCAAGGUUGAGGCCCUGGCCAAAGCUGAGGAACUGCUCAGGAUUGAGACCCUGUCCAAGGCUGAAGCUGUCCUCAAGGGUGAAGACCUCCCAAAAUCUGAGGGCCAGUUGGAGGUACUGCCUGAGGUCCCAUUGUCGGAGGUCUCGUCAUUGGAGCUCCCAUCGUUGGAGGUAUCCGACAAGCCCGAGGAGCCCUACCAGCCUGAGGUCCCCUUCCUACCCGAGGCCCCCUUCCUGUCUGAAGUCCCCCCCAAGGCCGAAGCCCCGUUUGUGUCUGAGGAGCCAUUUCCAUCAGACAUUCCUGCUGAGCCAGAGGCCCCACUGCCGUCUGAAAUCGCUGCAUCUGAUGCUCCGUUCAAGCCCGACGAGUUGUCCAAGGAUGAGUUCCUCCGCAGGCCUGAAGCCUUCAUCAAGGAUGACGCCAUCUCUGAGCAGUCAGCGCAGCCCCACCUAGAGCAGACAUUUGUGGAGCUGCAGCCUCUUAUGCUAGACAUUACCUCUCCAGAAGCUGAGCAGAUCACAGGGCAGCUGGCCAUUUUCUAUGAGCUGGAGGUAAAGCUGUCCAGGAUUUCCUCUGGGGCUGCCAACAAGCUGGAUAUAUCAGAAAUCCCACUGCAGGACGCUGAGCAGCCGCCGCAGAUAGCCCAGCAUGUGGGGAUCCCCCCAAAAAAGAGCACAGGAGUGGAAGUGGCGGUGGUGACGGAUGAAAUCCCUGCAGCCGUGGACCAGGAGCAGGUGCUGGCCAGGUUGCACAUGCUGGAGCAGCAGGUGGUGGGAGGAGAGCAAGCGAAGAACAAGGACCUGAAGGAGAAAUUGAAGCGGCGCAAACGGUACGCGGAUGAGCGGAAGAAGCAGCUGGUGGCGGCCCUGCAGAACUCUGACGAGGACAGUGGAGACUGGGUGCUCCUGAAUGUGUACGAUUCCAUUCAGGAGGAAGUGAGAGCCAAGAGCAAGCUCCUGGAGAAGAUGCAGAGAAAGCUGCGGGCUGCAGAGGUGGAGAUCAAAGAUCUACAGUCAGAAUUUGAGCUGGAGAAGAUUGAUUACUUGGCCACCAUCCGCAGGCAAGAGCGAGACUUCCUGCUUUUCCAGCAGCUUCUCGAACAGAUGCAGCCACUGAUUCGACGGGACUGUAACUAUAGCAACCUUGAUAAGAUCAAGCGGGAAUCAUCCUGGGAUGAAGAGAAUGGCUUCUGGAAAGUGCCAGAGCCUGUCAUUGUGAAAACCAGUCUCCCUGUAGCAGUUUCAACAUUACCACAGAAUAAGCCUUCAAGAAAAACCUGUUCAGCUGAUAAUGGAGAACCAUCGCAGGAGGAAGACCGCUACAAGCUAAUGCUGAAUAGGAGCGACAGUGAGAAUAUUGCCAGCAACUAUUUCCGAUCCAAACGGGCCAGCCAGAUCCUCAGUACGGAUCCCAUGAAGAGCCUGGCUUACCAUAACUCGCCGCCCGGGCUCAACUCCUCCCUGAACAACGCCUCCUCCAUCGUGACGCCCACCUUGCCCACCCAGGCCACGGACAUGCCCCAGCCUCGGCCCUUCCGUCUCGAGUCGCUGGACAUCCCCAUUGCCAAAGCCAAGCGCAAGAAAAGCAAAACCUGAGCCCCCCUGAGCACCUGCCAGCCAGUGGUGAUCCUGACGGACCUUAGCGGACCACCCCUCCCCAAACGCACCACCGCCAAGGGUUUUCUGGGGAGCCACCCUUCAGACCGAGGGCACCCUGUCCCUUUGCAUGGAUGAGACUGGAAAGAAAGCCAUUUGACCAGAGGGAGGGAGAGGGUCGUUCUUUGGCCUCUGCUGUUGAUUGAGCUUUGGAUUCCUGAUGAGAAAAAUAAAAAUAAAUGGCGCGUCCAGAUGGAUGGUGGGACA